AUGGCGUAUCUCGGCUACCUGCUGCUCAGCACCGCUCUCAUCCACACCGCCCAGCCUCUACCUGCAGCGCAUGGAGGGGGGCGUGACCUGGACUUGUCAGUGGGCGGAGUCAGACGCCAGCGCAGAGCCCUGCUGCCCUAUGAGGAGCAAAUGAUGUCAUAUCCUUACGUACAAGGGGGAGGCGGGGCCAAUGACCUGUACUACCAAUCAGAUGACUGGAGGGGGAGGGGCUUGAACCAGGCCCUGCAGCAACUGGUGGACAGAGACCAGAGGCGGGAACAGGAAGAGGAGCAGCGAGCAGCCUACCUGGCCGCGCUGCUACGCCUCCUGAACGAGGCAGAGAGCGUGGGAUUGGUCGGCCCGGAGGACAUGGCGGUGGUUGAGGAGGAAGAGGAUGAGGAGGACCAGGGGCCCCCUGGGGACUUCCAGGGCCCGGUCCCGGCAGACUAUGAUGAGACCGGGCGGGGCAUGAGCAUGGGGAGGCCCCAGGCUGCAUGGUGGGGCCUCCUGGAGCCCCAGCUGGCUCAGACCUUGAUGGACAGGAUGGAGCCUCAGCUGGUUCAGACCCUGCUGGAGAGAGCGAGACAGGAGAAGCUCCAGCAGACAGGACGAGGACCAAACAGAGACCAGGACACUCUGAGACGGAUGGUUGCUAGGAUACUGUCCAGCAUCGGCCCUAACAACGCCCCAGUGAACUCCUCAGGUCGCAGAGCGAGGAGAGACCUGUCUGUCACCUCAGUUGAACCCAUUAGCUCCGCCCACAGGAGAACUCGCCGUUCCCUUGACGACCUGACACCUCCAUCACCUAGCAAUGACCCCCCACUCCUCAGGGUGAAGAGGCUGGAGGAGGAGGAAGAGAAUCUCCGUCCCCUCACUGCUGGGCUGCAGAGGAUGAAACGCAUUGAUACCAUGGCAACCGCAGCAGAGGAAGAACUGAAUCAUGGGAUUCGUAGGCGCCGGAGGAGAGCCGCCAUGAAUUAUGAUCCCCAAGUACUGAUCGAUCAGAUUGUGAAUUACAUGAGGGAGUGA